CUCCUUUGUCCAAUUCUGUCCGAUUCGAUUUAUUUUCAGAGAAAAUGAUUGUACUUCAAAAAUUUACAAAAAUAUAUUAAAGUUUUUAGAUUGGUUGGUACCGAACUAUAUCUUUUUGAAUUAGGUACCAUUAUAAUAAUGGGCACUAAUGGUAACGGCCGGCGAGGUGGAGCUAAGUUGCCCGAUGUUCGUCGCCCGAUGGAGGAAGGAGAUUGUGUUAACGACAUGGAGAGCCCCGAAUUGGAUUUCGUGUACGAUGACUGCGACACGCAGACCAACGAAAUAGCAGAACUUUACAGCUACACUGAACAUCCAGAAUUUCAACUGAAUGUCAAAGCUUUUGAGGAUAUCAUGGAAGAGUUUAACUAUCCUCCUAGUUGGCAGAGAUUGAAUAAAACUCAACAACGAACGGUUAUUGUAAAGUUGUUAGAACAUUUGGAUGUAGCUGUUACCGAAAUACGUAUGCGAGCAACAAGGUGCAUAUUUUAUUUAGCUCAAGGCUGUUGGGCUGAGGUACAGUCAGAUGCGGAGCAAGCUUAUUGGGCGCGUAUCAAUGUUAUGACUUUGUAUGAAAUGGGCACGUUUACAGCUUUUGUGGAACUACUUAAUCUUGAAAUUGUUAGAAGUAGUACAGCAAUUGCAUCAAGAAAACUUACUGAAUCCCUUGCAGACUCAACCAAUCUUCGUGUUAUUUUGUCAGUAUUGUAUUUGAUAACAGAAUACAUGAGGACUGAAAAAGACCAUCCAGAAUCAGAGUACAGUCAUCUGGUACAAAACUUUAAAGAAGAACUUGGACAGCCAUUUGGUGAUGAACUGUUGCCAGUUAAACUUUUAAACAUGGUUACACAUUUGUGUGCUGGCACAACACCACAUUUUCCAAUGAAAAAGGUCUUGUUAUUGUUAUGGAAAGUUUUGCUUGUGUACCUGGGAGGUACAGAGGAGUUAAAAGAAAGAAAAGCAAGAUUACGUGAAAGACAUGGCUUACCUAAGGUAACAGAAGACACUCUUGAAAUUAUAAAAGGUAUGCGAGCUAGUUCCCCCCCUCCCAGUGCAGCAGAUAUGUUGGAGAAUCAAAAUCCUGGACAAAGAAAGAUGAAAGAGAAUGAACGUAUACUCAGAAGACAAACUUUUAUGAAACAGACCUCUUUAGAUGAAUCUGACGAGCAAAUAUUUGUUGACAAAGAGGAGACUGGAAAUGGAUCUGAAGAUUCUAUGGAGUUCCAAUCAAUGCCAAGUGAUGGAACAUCAAGUGAUAACAACCAGCAGUGUUAUUACAUGUAUUUUAAGCAGUUUGACAGUCCUCCUCCACCACCACCAUUACCUAGAAGCCUCCCAUGGCAGUCCAAAGUGAGACAGAAGGAUAUUGACAUGUUUUUGGACAAUGUACGUAUCAAAUUUGUCGGUUACUCUCUACCAGGAGAUAGACAAACAAUAGCUGGUCUGCCGCAGCCCAUACACGAAGGUAUGGAAAUACUCAAAAAGCACAUGUACACUAGUCUUUCAGAAAUACAAAUAGAGAGGGAGAUUGAGAUUGCACGAAGCCCACUUACCAAAGGUGAGAAAGAAGUUGAGGAAACUGAGGCAGAAAUCUUGUACAGGGCCAUGGUUCCAAAUCUUCCUCAAUAUAUGAUAGCCUUAUUAAAAAUUCUCUUGGCAGCAGCUCCCACAUCUACUGCAAAGACAUAUUCUAUAAACAUAAUGGCGGAUCUUCUGCCUGAGGAAAUGCCAAUGACUGUUUUGAAAUCUUUAAAACUUGGCAUUGAUGUAAAUAGGCACAAGGAAAUAAUUGUCAAAGCUGUAACUGCUAUAUUGUUGUUGCUUCUGAAGCAUUUCAAACUGAAUCAUGUUUAUCAAUUUGAAUUUAUGUCACAACACUUGGUGUAUGCUAAUUGCAUGCCAUUAGUCUUAAAAUUUUUUAAUCAAAACAUUUUGUCAUAUGUUGGAGCGAAAAAUUCAAUACCUAUAUUUGACUUCCCCGCAUGUGUGAUUGGAGAGCAACCAGAGUUGACAAAAGAGUGUUUGGAUAUUGGAGAUUCGACAGUCCCAUACUCAUGGCGAAAUGUUUUCUCUUGUAUAAACCUAUUGAGGAUAUUAAAUAAACUAACAAAGUGGAAAAAUGCACGAAUCAUGAUGCUUGUGGUGUUCAAAAGUGCACCAAUUUUGAAACGCACACUUAAAGUAAGGCAUGCCCUCAUGCAGUUUUAUGUACUUAAAUUACUUAAGAUGCAAACUAAGUAUUUGGGAAGACAAUGGAGAAAGACAAAUAUGAAGACUAUAAGCGCCAUUUAUUCAAAGGUUCGGCACAGACUAAAUGAUGACUGGGCAUUCGGUAAUGAUGUUGAUGCUAGGCCAUGGGACUUUCAGGAUGAAGAAAGUGCAUUGAGAGUGAGUGUGGACCGCUUCAACCUUCGAAGGUAUGGCACUGGUGGUGAACAUGAAUUAGAUCUGUCUCCUUAUGAAACUGAUAUUAACAGUAUUCUUGAAAGUAAUAUUGAGCUUGACGAAGAGUUCAAAGAAAAUUAUGAGUUGUGGCUUGAACAAGAGGUGUACAACAAUGAGAUAAACUGGGAUAGAUUACUGACAGCAUGAAAUAAUCAUGAAUUUUGAUAUCUACAUAUUUUACUGUUACAAUAACUAUUAUACAGUAACAUAACAUACAGUAGGAUAAUUGAAGUUUUAGUAAAUUAAAAAGGUACAGACAUAUACCUAUAAACUAAAAAUAAGAUAAUAAUAU